UCCAGUCACAACACGUUUACAUGAUCUCGCCAGCUUCCACCCGCCCUCGGCCUGAAGACACCACACCUCCUGCAUGGUAUUUCUUUACUCCUUUCCUUCUGCCACAGUCAUAGCACUUUGAGCACACUUUGGGAUUUGAUUCAACGUUCAGCAUGUGGGGGGCAGCUUUCAUAUUUUUAACCCUCCUGAUUCCUGUUGACCUGCAAUCGCCAAAUGAGUUGACAACAACCAUCGCUCCACAGAGCUGCAACUUAACGUGUAUUCGCCAGGGAGGACCAGGAUGUACCUACUGCAGAAUAAGCAGCAGUGAUGUGAACACGGCUCUGGGCUUCAACUCCAGGAACUUGUUAGGAACUUGUGUCCCAUGGCCAUGCUUUCAACUGCUGGGAAAAGAAGACCCUCACCUCUGUCAACAUUUUGUCCAGGCACCCAAUGACAUCAACAUUGAGCUCGUACCCGAUACAGACACUAAUUCCGAGACUAUUGUUGUUUCCUGGAAGCCCAGUCCAUAUGGUAUCUCUUUCCUGCGAGGCUUCCAGGUGUCCCUGCAGGCCUUAGGAGGCUCCGGUGUUUCCUGCCAACUAUUUCUCUUCCAGCGAAACCUCACCCUACUGCCUUCACACGCUCAAACGGUAUACAAAUCAGACCCUUUCCCCGGCCUCACCCUUGGCUCCCAUUAUGCCAUCACUGUCAUGGCUCUGCCCGUGCCUGAGAAGUGGGAGAAGUUUUAUCACAGCAAGAUCUUCUCCACACGCUCAUGUGCUGAGAAAAACGGCUUUCAGAACUGUAAAGCGGAUUGGUAUCCCAAGUACAUUGAUGUGAAACAGAAAGGGCCCGUGGUCGUUGUCACCUUCAACCUGGCUCCUCCUUCAAUGGGAAUCGAAAGCUACUUCUCCUUCUGUACAGCAGACGCCAAGACAACAUUCACCGAUAUCACACCUGAUUUCUCCAAAAAUAGAACACACCACAGCUUCGAGCUCACAGACCUCAAAGAAGGAAGCAAUUACUCAUGCGAGAUUGCAGCCAAUGAAGUCGAUGCAGUGAGGAAGAGAUUCCACUUUCAGGUUAAGCAGCAAGAAGCAACCCAUCAAAGCCCUGCCUACUGGAUUGUAGUGCUGCCAAUGGUGCUUGGUGUGGCGGCCAUAUUUGUAGUCCUCCUUGCUGUACCUGUCAGGCGACGCUGGCUACAAACAAAGAAAUCUUUACUCAUACCAGAAUUAAUUAAGCAACAUCAAGAUGAGCGUGCCACAGAGGAGGAAACGAUAUCACUGUCCACAAACGGUAUGAGCCCUCUUCGUCUUCUGAUUUGCUACAGCAGCCACGAUGGCCCCGCCCAUGUCAACGCGGUGGUGCAGUUGGCAUCCUUCAUACAGCAGCACAUGGCCAUUAAGGUGUUUCUGGACAUUUGGAAUUCUCUGGAAGUGGCGCAGGAGGGAAGCCUGGCCUGGUCUUACCGUCACAUCCGGGAGAGCAACUUUGUCUUGGUCAUCUGUUCUCGGGGUCUCUGUCGUAGACUCGAGCCUUCAACAGCGCCAGGUACCUUCGACUCCGAGGUGAUGCCUCGCCUCGUCAGGGAGGAAGUGGGCCGCGCCAUAUCUGACGGCAAAGACCUCUCUAAAUACAUGACGGCCAUUUUUAAUUACUCUGAAAUAACUGACAUCCCUAUGGAGCUUCGGCUGGUGGCCAACUACAGGCUGACAACUGACCUGCCGCUGCUUUUUUCCCACCUACAUCAAGUUCCACUUUACAGACCCGGCCGCCACUUGAUGAUAAAGGGGAUCUCGGAGGAAGAGUUUACUAAGACACCUGCCGGACAAGCUUUGCAGCAGACACUCAGGGAAGCAGAGAAGGCGAUGAAGGCCAAAAGCUUAGACAACAUGGAGAAAUAGAACCCCAAAAACUCAUAUACUUUAUCAGAUUUCAAUUUGGACUACUUACUUUCAAUUUGUAAUGUUUAUAUUUGGCCACCAGAUGGCGGUACUUUCUCUCCAUUCAAAGCAUGCAGCAAAAUUCAUAUAAGCUGGCAUUUUUUUGACAGGUUUUUUGUUUUAAAUUUUACUCUUUAGAAAAAAAUAACAUUAAAUAAUAUAUAAAAUAAUAUAUACAUAAUAACGGAAAUGUUAUACAGUACAAAUAAUAAGCAUAUAUAUUUAUUUCAUUGAUUUCAAAUGUUUUUCUAAAUUUCUCUAUAUAUGAUGUAUGUUAUACAUAUUUCAGGUUGAAGCACUUUAAAAAGAGAAAAAAAAGUAUUAUUGUACCCGUAUUCUCAAGUCAAUGAUGGCCACCAGAAUCGGAUGACUGGCCAGAUGACAUUAUGUUAGGACACCUAACUCUGUAUAGCAACCACUCAACAGUGCACUUGGAAACUUUGCAGUAGGUAUAUGCUCAUAUUUGAAAUUACCGGUAUGCAUAAGCUAUCACUGUCAUAGUUAGAUGAAUAUACAUAAUCUUGAAGUAUAUGUUUAAAAAAUAUGUUUUUACAGCUAAUAUGAUGAAUGAAUAUGAAUGUGGGAACGGUGUUUUGUAAAACUGUGCAGUUUAGUCAGUUCUCACUGAUUUAUUUUGACAAGUUUAUAGUAUACCACACAUGACCAUUACUGCACAUGAGAAUUAUGGUAUUAUUUGGACACGCUAUGCAUUUUGCAAUAACAUGCAAUAUCGUGUAAUGUGUCUGGUGAGAAGCUAAUGUGUAUGAUACAUAUUGUGUAUAUUUUUUAUUUAUUUUUCCAUUUUUUGUUACUAUUUAUUACGUUUCUUGUGUA